UCUGCCGCAGAAAGGAGAGACUAGUACUCCUCGACUCAAUCAGAUAAAAGAAACGUGCCUCGAGGAGAAAUCCAUGAGGCCUAGAGAGCAUAAAUGAUUUCAUCAGCGAAGUAGUCGAAAACAAAAUCAGUCAUUAGACUUUACAAGGAAGUGACUAACUUUGAGAAGAUCGAUGCAUGCAGAAGAAGACGGCCAGAUCUGUUGGCCAUCCGACACAAGCUGAAACAUUCUCUUCGACUCGUAGUACUACUGCUGGUGGUCAUGGAGUCGGGCAGCUUGGUGCUUCAGGAAGUUCCCUAGUGCAGUCCUUCCAAAGGUGUACUUUGUGUAUCUAGGUAUUCGUUUAAUCGUCCGACCGCGACAAUCGUACCAAAAUCCACGCGCUUGAGCAGAGUUUCCUCCCAUAGUCUUGCUGCUAGACCACACCGAAUAGGACAGGCAGUUAGGUUGACGGAAGAAUGAUCGGAGGCAGCCAAGCGCAACAGGAGACGAAGCUGGGCACAGAGCUGGGCGAUGCUAACCACCCACUGUACAAGGGGGUGAGAAGGAGGCCAUGGGGGAGUUGGGUGUCGGAAAUCCGAAAGCCCAAGUCCAAGUCCCGCAUUUGGUUGGGAUCGUUUGACACUGCCGAGAUGGCAGCUACAGCAUACGAUACUGCUCUAGUUUUACGAGGAGCUGAUGCACAGCUAAACUUCCCCAAUCUGGCCAGCUCACUGCCGCGGCCCCAAGACUUGUCGGACAAGAGCAUACAAGCCGCAGCGAUAGAAGCUGCUCAAUGCAUUUCCCGGCAGAUGAAGCCGCAAAGUCGUGAUCGAUCCCGGUGUCACACAUUUGCAACAAAUUCACGAACACAUUCUUCACAUCAGCGAGAUCAAGGUAUCGAUUCAUCACUGGAUCAUCAGCACUUACCAGGCAAUGGUACUCAGUACAACCUGGCCACUUUUACAAGCGGCAGGAACCACCACCUGCCACAGCACAUGAGUCGAUCCUGCGGACACGAGGACGUCAUCCCAUUGACGUCAGCUCCGGCAUCCAGCGACUCAGAUUUAUGCUGGUUACCGAAUUCCUCCGCCUCUUGCACUGACAUCUCAGACGUCGAAAUGGAAGGUGAAGACAGAGCCAGUCCUGAGUAUCCGUCCUCAUUCAUGGAAGUCGACCAGAUGCCAAACUCCAUGGCAGACUCGCUGCAAUCUUCCGCUAACGACAGCGACGAGGGAACUUCGGCAUACUCUUGGGAACCACGAUUGUGGAGCUUCUGAGCGGCCACGUCGAGCACCGCCUGAUCACUUAUCCUUAUAAACUAUAGUAUUGCGCGACUCGGAUCGAAAUCUUUUAAUUAAAACCUACGCAAUGUGUACUAUCUUUGCAACUUCAUCAGGUGGUCGAUUUGCGUCCACAUUGCGGAUCUAAUCAAUAGCGCUCUCCUGUUCCCACUGGUGCUGUAUCUGGACAGCUGGUAUUUUUCUUGAUAGAACUAUCCCGGAGCUGCAGUUGCUAUUAGAGCGCAGUACAAUCCAAAUCAUUUUUGUUCUCAGUGGUGCAUCAUUUCAUUUCUCGUGCCAUGAUUUGAUAGGUUAAUUUUUUUUUUUUUCAAGGGCUUCAUGACUUAGUACCCAAGUAUUCUGACCAUUUGUAGAACAAGGUCUUUACCACUCUUUGGAACUUGUAAUAUGCCUGAUCAAUGAUAUGAAAUCUUUGUCUUCA